AUGUAUAUCUCGUUGUUGAGGAAUUUUCUGUCAUUUCUGUUGAUCAUAGAAGUUAAUUCCCAAUAUGAAUUCUUAAGAGUUCUCAAUGGUUCGCCAACAACAAUCCAACAGUUUCCUAUACUUGCUCAAAUGCUGCUAGACGCUUGGGGCAAUCAGCAGUAUGUGCAGCAUUGUGCAGGAGUCGUUCUUACUUCAAGACAUGUUAUAUCUACGGCACAUUGCUUUCAAUACAAUCGAGAAACUAGCAGAAAUUAUUCUCUACCGCAACACUGGAAAGUUCGAGUAGGAUCGUCCUAUCGUAAUGGCGGUGGAACACUUCAUAGUGUAAAAAAAAUAAUUUCUCACGAAGGUUUUGACAAGAACUUGUAUAUAAACGACAUUGCGGUAAUUGUUGUAAAUAAAAAAUUCCUUAUUGGGAAUUCUGUAAGACAGGGUACAAUUGUAAAACCUGGUACAGAAAUUAUGCCUAACUCCAUAUGCACCUUGGUCGGUUGGGGAGCUACAGAGAGAGACGGUCCACAGCCAAAUCAACUGCAAUAUACGACCAUGUUGACCAUAGAUCUUGAAGAUUGUAAAAGACGUUACAAAACUAUUGGAGCUAUUAUUACCGACUCCAUGUUGUGUGCAGGACGAACGGAUAUUGACGGAGUUGAUGGCUGCUUCGGUGAUUCUGGAGGGCCAUUGAUUUAUAAAGGAGUUGUAGUAGGAUUAGUUUCAUUUGGCCAUGCAUGCGGAAUAAGAUACUAUCCGGGUGUUUAUACAAAAGUAUCAACUUAUACAAAAUGGAUUGUUAAUACAAUUUCGAAUAAUCAUUAA